CCGGACUUCCGCUUCACCUGACAUGGACACUGUCACUACUCGUAAGCGUUUAGUAAUACCGUCACGACUUACCUCAGGCCUUCAGGCCCCUGGUUUUUGUAACUCGAAGCUCACCCCACCACGUCAUCAAACAGCAUAUCCACGGUGAUCUGACUCAGUAGUAAUCCAGUGUCAAUGUCCGGCCAUUCACACCCUCAUGAUUUCGCUCAAACGGAAUCUCUAACUUCACCACUCACUGCGGAGGAAGUGGCGGGCACCGAUACAAUCUCCUCCUUGAACUUGUCCACCGACGGAUUGCGUGUCAUUUACUCCGUCGGUCCGCAUUAUCGCACGGGUGACCAUGCUACCUCAGCUCUUUGGGUUGCGGACACAUCCGUUGAGAAUAGCGCCACGAAGAUCACACUUGGAGACAAUCACGACUACAUGCCGUCUUUCCAUCCAACUUCGGGCGAUGUCUACUUCUUGUCCGAUCGCCUAGAGGCUGGCGGUCCGGCGAAGAUAUACCGCUUGCCCCUCCAUGCCGCAGCGACCGCUGAGCCGCACCUUGCUGUGGACCUAGAGAAGGGUCAAGGCGUCUCUAGUUAUGAAAUAUCGCCAGAUGGGAAGUUCGUUGCGUUCACGAUGAAGGAUAACAAGCGCGACAAGGACAGGCAACCAAAGAAUGACAUCCGGAUUUGGAGGGACAAGAGCGAUCUAGCAGCGCUUUAUGUCGCCGAUCUGGAUGGCGAUCGGAAGAUAGUACAGCCAGUACUCUCCACGGAAGGCCACGUCGAAUCGUUUGUCUGGUGCCCAGACAGUCGGUCAAUACGCUUCCGUACGAGUCCCCAUGCGGACUUGGAGAGCUUAAGCGGUGAUCCUAUCCACGAGGCUGUGGUCGAUGUCGCCUCUGGCGCGUCCGUCCAACGUGAAUGCGGCGACAUCAUUUUCUUACAGAACACGACGCUGAAUGUCGACUUCUCUGCACAGUCGCUCUGGGACGCACUGAAGGUUGUGGACCUACGCCAGUGUUCUCGCUAUGCGGUCGCUGUCGCGCGGGGGCUUAAUACGACGAUCGAUGUCUUCGAUGCUGAGCAUGUUUCGGUCACCGCGUACGAGACGCACGACGACCAUAUCUCCGAUUGGGACAUGAAGGCAGUCGGCACUGACCGCUACGUCUUUGUAGUCCUCCGCAGCUCGGGGGUGCGGGGAGAGCCACUAGAAGUGUUGUCUGGUACGGCUGAGGGCGGUGCAGUCGGGAAGGUAACGCACAAGCUAUCAUCCCACAACACUUGGCUAUCACAGGACAGAAUGCCUGUGAAUCGUCCAUUCCACUGGAGUAGCCUCGACGGACAGGACGUGCAGGGUGUCGUAUCACAUUCUCGAGGUGCAGUGGUACAGAAGAUGCCGACUAUUGCAGUGAUUCACGGCGGACCGACGUCGUGCGUCUUCCUCGAUGGCAAGGAGUGGUCCUGGCGGCACUUCCUAGCGUCGCAGGGCUACCUCGUUCUAUCGCCGAAUUACCGCGGCAGUCUCGGCCGUGGAGAUAAGUUCGUUCAGGCGGCCAACGGAGGGAUGGGAACGACCGACUGGAUGGAUGUCCAAAGCAUGAUCGACCAGAGCGUCGCUGAAGGAAUGACCGAUCCGGACAGAGUGGCCAUCGCCGGAUAUAGCCAAGGCGGUUUUCUGACUGCUUGGGGUAUGUCGCGCCCGAACAACAACUUUAAAGCCGGCGUAGAUGGUGCAGGAGUCACCGAUUGGGGUAUGUUAGCAGCGUCAUCCGCCCUUCCAGACGUGGAGGCCGCCCUUAGUGGUGGCGCCCCAUGGGUUCCCGGGGAGACAGCCUAUUUGCGAGGAAGCCCCAUCCGCAAUUGCACGAACGUUCGUGCACCUCUACUCCUGCUUCAUGGAGAACAGGACAGCAUCGUCCCCUUGUCGCAAGCCAUUGCGUUCCUUCGGGGCGUGGAGAGAGUGGGCCAUCCGACGUCGAAGCCUAUGCUGGUCAUUUACCCCGGAGAGGAUCACAUUUUCCAGCAAAGAGUGCAUGCAGAGGAUGUCCUUCGGAGGCUCGCAGAACACAUGCAUACCUACCUGUAGGCAAAUUCCGUCACCCUCGCAGAGUCGCUAUGCCAUAGUCAUUUCACGGUGCUGCCACACAAUAUCAUAUUGCAUUUCCUUCGCAG